AUGCAACCAGACGAUCUAGUUCUAUAUGUAGCGAACAACACUGCAAUUAAAACAUUUGGCAACAAGCAACUAGCAAUAGAUUUAAGCCUUAGAAAAGACUUCAACUGGUACUUCAUCAUCGCUGUUGUUAAAACAGCCAUAAUUGGGGCAGACUUUCUCACGCACUACGGCUUACAAAUCGAUCUGAGGGUAAAAUCGCUCAUUGAUACGCAAACCACGUUACAGUCAAAAGGUCUACUGAAAGAAGUAGCCCACGAAAAUGUUUCGACAAUCAAUUCAUCCAUCAAGUUCCAUGAUGUCAUCGCAAAAUAUGUUGACAUAACAAAUUUAAACAGGUACCAACUACAGACAACAGACAACGUUCAACACAGAAUCAUAACAAAUUGCCAGCCAAUAUCAGAACGCCCACGUUGUUUUUCAGGUGAAAAAUUAAAAGCAAUCAAAGAUGAGUUUCGUGUAUUACUACAUCAUGGCAUAGUGAGGCCAUCCAGCAGCCCCUGGGCAAGUCCCAUACAUUUAGUAAAGAAAAUGCGACAUAGCCGAAAGACUACACAGCAGUAA